AUGCUGAGAUGGAGAUGGGGUUGCGUGCAAGGCUUUGAGGACCUGCGUGUGACCGUCACACUAAAAGACAACGCAUGCGACGUUGCAGAGAUGUCGGUGUUAUCCGCCACGGUGACACUCGCCGAGAAGAAUGAGAAAAAAUAUACUAUAUACUUCAUAAUUGACACAUACCUCACCGAAGACGAGGCCGAGAAGCUGGUCCACAGCCAGACCAGUGCCGGCAUUGUCAAGGUGAAGGACAGCCACGCCAUGCCCGAGCCCUCAGUGCUAGAUAGGGAAGGCAUCGUUCUGAACCGCGAGGAGGCGCCCCUGGACGUGGACAUCAAGAACGGCGGCUGCGACGUGGUGCCGAACACCAAGAACCUUCCUCUGGUCGGGGAGGUCGGGCUCGGCGCCGAUCUCGUGAGGCUGAACGGCCACGCCAUGUGCUCCCCGGGGUUCUUCUGCGACUCGACCUUCCAGGUGACGUACGUGGUCAGGGGGAGCGAUCGCGUGCAAGUCGUCGGCGUCGAUGAUGGCAAGCGUGUGCCGGAGACGAAGGUGGAGAGGGGUUGCCUGUUCAUUGUGCCUCGGUUCUUUGUGGUGUCAAAGAUUGCUGAUGCUGAGGGAAUGGAGUGGUUCUCCAUCAUCACCACUCCCAACCCGGUGUUUACUCAUCUGGCAGGGAGGACAUCUGUGUGGAAGGCAAUGUCCGCAGAGGUGCUGCAGGCUUCAUUCGACACCACCCCUGACAUGGAGAAGCUGUUCAGGUCCAAGAGGACCUCUGAUGAGAUCUUCUUCCCUCCUCCAUCCUCCGCUUCCUAGCCAAGCCAGGAUCUGAACUCCAUGGUACUAAAGAUCAGUAGAAUUUGCGUGUGCAAGACUUUGAUAAGACUUUCUAAUAAUGAUUUUUAAGACAAAGGUGCUUUGUUGAUACUUUGAUCAGUGUAAGUUGUAAGCUAAGCGAUCCAAAUCUACAAAAUUCUCUUUA